CAGAACCCGAUGUGGGGCUCGAUCUCACAAAGUGUAAGAUCAUGACCUGAGCCAAAGUCAAGAAUUGGACAUUGAACGGACUGAGCCAUUCAUGCACCCUUUUCAGUAUUACUUUUAAAGGACACGCACACAAUCAUCACAAAAGCAUCUGUGUAAGAUUAAACAUAGUCAUCAAAGAGUGCAAGCAGAAACGUGUGUUCAGUCAAUAAGACAGUGUUUGUGCCCCUUCUGACACUGAGCAUGUUAGGCCAAGUCUGAGGCUCUGGGUCUGCUGUGCAGAUGAGAACUUUCUGGCUGCGGUGUCUCCCCGCUCCAUCAGCCCUGGGGUUCCCCCGCCCAGGAGGGAGAGAGGGAGGAGGAUGUAGCCAGGACCAGAGAGUAUAGCAAGGCAGUGGGCUGUGGACUCUGGGAAGGAAGGGAGUGUCCUGAGCAGUGGGGUUUCUAAGCCGAACAAGGCGGGGCCAUCCUCUGAGCCCUUGUGUGCUCGUGUCUGGUCAGGAAGUAUAAUGGACCCUGUAUCGGGGUCCCCAGGACCACUCCAAAGUCAGUGGUUCACUAGGAGGACUCCCAGGACUCAGCACGGAGUCGUAUCUGCACCUGUGAUUCAUUACAGUGAGAGGACACAGCAAAAUCAAAGGGCGAAGGCACAGGGGACAAAAUCCGGAGGAAACCAGAGUGGGCUUCGCGUCUUCUCCCGGAGGAGUCACUCGGGAUGUACUUAAUUCUUCCAGCUGAGUCAUGACAACAGGUGUCCGUGGCCUUCCAGGACCUGGCCGUGCGCUUCUCGGAGGAUGAGUGGCAGCUGCUGGGGGAGGGGCAGAGGGCGCUGUACCGGGACGUGAUGCAGGAGAACUACGAGACACUGCUGUCCCUGGGGACCGCCGAGCUGCUCCCCUUGUCUGCCUUCCUGUCUCCUGCGGAGCCUGACCGGGCCAUGGAAGGCAGGAGCUGCGCUGGUGAGGGGCAGGAGCCCCCCGGGGGACAAGGGUCCCUGGGAGGGGCACCCCCGCACAGCCUGCACCUCAGUGCCCUGGUGCAGCUGGUGAAGGAGAUUCCGGAGUUCCUGUUUGGGGAGGUGAGCCCCGAGAGCGAGAGCGGGGCAGUCGGCUCAGACGGGGUGCGGGCGAGCCCCGAGGCAGCUGUGACCGUGGAGACUUGCCCUCUCCGAGGCCUGCUCAGCUGCCUUCCAGACCCGUCUCCGGGCUGGCCCAGGCUGGCCACCACGUCUAGCUGCAGCUCGUCAUCCAGCGGCCUUCUGGAAGCCGGGGGACAAGGCAGCCCCCUCCCCAUCAAAACUGCUGACAAACCAAGAUCUGCAGAGAAGGAAGGCCCGGAAGCCCCAGGUGGGGAGCCCAGCCCUCCCCCCUGUAGCCCCAGCAGGAAGAAGGGCCCCAGGAAACAGGAGAGAGGGGUCCUGGGGACAGGUGCCGUUGGAAGCUCUCCUGGGAACAGCCCCUUGCAAGGCCUCAUCAACUGCCUGAAGGAUAUCCUUGUGCCUGGGCCCCAGCACCCUGAGGUGUCCCCACCCUCGCUGGCUCCUGUCCCCGGCCCGGACACCGCUCAGCUGACCAGAGCAGAGCUGGGGCCCGGGAGCCUGCCCUGGGGAGUGAAGACAGAGACGGCUUCCGGGGACUGCCCCCUCCAGGGUCUGCUGAACUGUCUGAAGGAGCUCCCCGAGACCCCGCACAGGCGCCCCAGCCCCUCUGGUGCGCGUGGGGAUCUGGGGCCCUGCCAGAGGGGCUCUGCAGGGCCUGGACCCCUCCAGACUCCUCCUCCCGGCCCUGGUCCAGGAGCCGGCGGUGUGCUCUCUGCGGUGAAGAUAGAGGACGGCUGGGCCCAGAGCCCCCCAGUGCCUGCAUCCUGUCAGCUCAGCAAAUGGACCCACAGCCCCUCUGCCGCUGGCAGCCAGCGGAGCGGAGAGAACAGAGGGGUCCAGCUGCCCAGCUGGGGCUCCGUAGCUCAAGCCGGCAGUGCCUCGAGCUCACCCCUGGAAGCCCUGGAGGCCUGUCUGAAGGGCAUUCCCCUGAGCGGGUCGUUACCUCCCCAGCCGCCGGCCACCGCUGGAUUGCGGAGCCCGAAGCUGGGAGACCCUGGGCUUCAGAGGCCCGAGCCGCAGCCCCGCAGAUCACACAGUGAAGAGGUGGCCGUGGGGCCUCUUCUGGCUCUGAGUCUGCAGGGCUGUGUGAGAGGCAGCCCUGCCCUCCCCUCGGGGCCCCACAGCACCCCUACCAGCUUCUCCUCAUCCAGCAGCACCGAUGGGGACCUGGAUUUCCAGAGCCCAGGGGGCAGCCAGGGGCAUCAGCCUGCCAAAGGAAGCCCAGUGGGAAGCUCCCCGCUCCAGGGCCUGGAGAACUGUCUCCGAGAGAUACCUGUGCCCCGGCCGCAGUCAGCCUCGUCCUGGUCCUCUGCGGGGGACAGGGGGCCACAGAGAGUGGAGCCCAAGAGCUGGACGGCAGACAAGGAAGGACUGAGAGGUGAGGCCUGUGAGCCCCCCAAUCUGGGACAGACUCAGGGGGAGACACCCAGCAGGAGCUUCCGGCUGGCCAGCCCACAGGUGCUGACCUCUAGCAGUGUCCCCAUCUGCUACCAGCGAGGGCUCAAAGACCAUGGGGCCACCAGGCCGGGACCGUGGAGGUGGCUUGAAGACGGGGUGGCUGCGAAGCCCUCCCCGCUGCACUGCCUGGAGAACUCCCUGAAGGGGAUCUUGCCCGGGAGGCCCUUGCGCUUCGCCUGCUUGGCCGGCCCCGGCUCCAGCCCCGGCCCCGGCUCGGGCUCCAGCAUCAGCAGCUCGGAAGGAGAAGAGCUCUGGCAGCUGCUCCCGCAGGAGAGGGACCACCUUCCGAGCUGCAGGGGUCCUGGCCCCCUGUCCCCACGCCCUGGUGGCACCCCUGCCAGCAGCAGCCCGGGUGAAGGCCCACGGAGAGCAGAGCCCAGGGCCCCCUGCGGCCUCCAUGCAGCAGGCAAAGCCGAAGAGAAGACGGGAGGCAGGUCCCAGCUGCCCUGGAGAGAAGUGCCCUCGGAAAUCCUGGGCCGGUCUGGCCCCCUGGGCAGCGCUGCAGGAGGGACAGCUGUGAGCCUCUGCCCUGCCCCUCAGCUGGAGACCAGGCCCCUGGCGGGGCCCUGCCCGCCCCUUGAGUCGGCCCAUGGGCCCCUGUCCUGGAAGCCCGGGGUCAGUGAAGAAUCCAGAGGCCUGGGGCCUGGAAACGGAAGACCAAGUGUUGCAGCCAGGACCCAGGGGAAGCCGCUGCCCAGAGGCCUGCCUGAGCCACCACCCGUGGCUGCCAUCCCUCCGGCUGGGCCGCGGGCGCCCCCGCAGCUGUGCCCCUGCGGGAGUUUCCUGCAGCAAGAACUCCGCGGCCUCGGCGCCGCGCUCUCGGAGAAGCUGGAUCGGCUGGCCGCGGCCCUGGCAGGCCUGUCUCAGGAAGUGGCCACCAUGAGGACGCAGGUGGAUCGGCUAGGGAGGCGCCCUCGGGGCCCUGGGCCGAAGUGCCAGGCUUCCUGGCCGUGGGCCCUCUCCCGAGGACCUCGCUGGGCUAGUGGCCCUGCUCACAGACACCUGCCCUAUGGGAGACAGAAGGGCCCGGCCAGGCCGAAACCAAAGGUCCUGCGUGGUCAGGCGGAAGGCUGCAGGCCUGGUGAUGCCCCAGGCCUCUCGUGCAGAAGAUUCUGCCUGGUACCUCAGCUGCUACCAGAUGCCCCCACGGCAGAACCUUCUGGGCCUGACUCCAGCCCUUCCCAGCAGCCCCUCUCCUCAGCGUGCGGCUGCCGCGCCGUGGUGACUGCGCCUGCCUCCCUCGGACACACCGGGGGUCUGCAGAGUGCCCCCGGCUCUUCAGUGCCUGCCACUGUCCCCCCGCAGGACGUGGAGCCGCUCUGUGCGGCAGCUGUGCCCCCCGGGACCCGGGGCAGGCCCAAGGACCCCAGCCGCCUGAAGGCGGGAGUCCAGAGGACCGUCGAGGAGGAACUUUGGGGUGGGGGACAUAGGGCCCUGAAGUGGGGGGCCCCUAGCCACCUUCUUCAUCAGCUCAGUCCUGCUGAAGGCGGCCCGACCCUGGCCACUUCCCCCAGGCGCUGUCUCGCCCCCUCCCCCUGCUCCAGCCCAGCCUUCCCUGCCUCUGGGCCCUGAGGGGCUGGGAGGUCUGCCCUUGGCCCCAUUGUCCUUGACUCCAGGAUGCUGCUUGCUCAGGGAGGCCGCUGUUUGGGGUGCAUUUCUCAGCCACACCCAUGGCCUUCUUGGCUCAGGUUCAUUCAGAUGUUGAUUCCCCAUCUUGUCCUUCCCACUGGAUCUGUCCUGGCGCACAGGUGGGAGGUGCGCAUGCUCACAUGGGCACACUGUGCCUGCCCGGGCAGCCGAGGGCUGCUCUUCCAAGUACCUGCCUGCCCCGAUCUCGGCACUAAGCAGCGCUGGGCCCCAGCUUUCCUGGUCAAUAGGGGCAUCAGUUUCAGUUGGAGAGAACCGAACCCCCCCCACCGGGUUUCAGCUGGGUUUGCCCACGUGGAGUCUGACAAUAGAGAAGUGGGGUGCUGGGGGAAAGGCCCUCAGUUACAAGUACCCAGUUGGCUCAGCUCCUGCCUCGCCACACUUCCAGAGACAGCAGUCUCCCGGACAACCAGCUGUGGGACGGGAUUCCCACGGGACUUCUGUGAAGAGCGGCUCGUGGUCACUGGGCAGUUCAAACCCCAGACAUUCACCCUGACAGUGUGGAGGCCAGAGUCCAAGGUCAGAGCGUGGCAGAGCCCGUUCCUACUGAGGCAGUGAGGAGGGUCUGCCCCGGGGUUGUCUCCUGGCCUGUCCAUGGUCAUCUUCGUGUUCACACGGCUUUCUCCCUGGACUCGUGUCUCCACAUUUCCCCUUCUUGUAGGCCAGGCCCACCCGAACGCCCUCUGUGACUUGAUCACCUCUUUAAAACCCUGUCUCCGAAUACGGUCACACUCUUAGGUUCUGGGAGUUAAGACAACGUAAUUUGGGGGGCACAGUUCAAACCGUAAGACAUACACUAGACUGAGUCUUCUUGAAUUUGUCUUGGGGGAGAGAGCACGACUCAGGUUGUCUAGGCCACAACGGCCUGCUCUGGGCCCCGCCCUUCAGGUGGCACUUGGCCGUAUAUUGGGGGGCUUGCCAUCACCUGCCUCCUAUCCUUCCCCAAGGUCAGAUCUUUUCCCUAGCCUUCUGCUCCCACUUUAGUCCUUACUAGGUGUGGAGAACUUUCAGGAACUCUGUGUACACUUGAUACCCAGGCAGGGCCACCCAGCAUGGGCUGGCAUGGUUGCCUCUGCUGUCAGGAGUAAGGUGUCAGUGCCACCACCCAAGCCACUCCGCUCAGAGGGGCUGUGUCCCGAUGGCGGCACAAGCAAUGCCUGGUCAGGGCCACUGGAGACACGUGUUGUCUGGCCUGUGCUCUUGCGUCCCCUGUGGGAGCAGCAGGCUGCUGGUGGGGGACGGAAGUGGGGGGCUGAGGCUGGCAGGCACCUUGGUGGGGUCCAGCAGUGGGGCAGGUAGGACUGGAAUAAGUCCCAAUAUGACUGUCACAGAAGCUGAUGUCUAUACAAUCACGUAAGUAGGAUGUUUGGAACAGGCAGUCUUUUCACGUCUAGCCGUUCUCAGUAAGGGAAGAGGAAUGGAAAAGUUCUAGGCUUUCUACUCAAAGGCCUCAGGAAGAGGAGUCUUUUUCAGAUUGCAGCCAGUACGCCGGAAUGGCUCAGAGCCAGUAGAAACUGUAGGGCAGGGAUGAGGGGAGGGGGCGGUCAGUACGGGGAGAGUGCUGUGCUCCUCUGCCUGACCCUCCCUCUGCCCUGCCCACUGGCCUCCAGUCCCCUGGCCCCCUUCUGGGCAGCGGCCACAGACAUGGUCUGCACCCGCCUCUGCACCGCAUUUGUGGGCUUUGCCAGUAUCGGCCAUCACACAGACCCUGUGCUGCAGGCAUGAAGGGACAGAUAAGCUCGGAGGGCGACAAUGACCUUGCCCUUGCACUGCCUGCCCUUGGCCGAGCCUGCAAGAGCACUUGCACCCUGGCGGUGCCGCACUCUCCACGGCAGAGAGACACGGGCCAGCCUUCACCUGCGCCGCACACCCGGACCUCAGGGCGAGCGCGGUCUCCGCCGUCCAGAUCCAUUCCGAUCAUACAAGAAGUUCAAGGCUUUUUUUUUUUAAUUAUUAUUUAAGAACGUGGAAAAUGAGUAAUAAAAUGAACGGUAAGACGCUCCCUGGUUUGUGCGUUCGUCCCCCAGGUCCACUGCCGCGCGAGCACAAACCCUCCCUUCUAGGAUGACUGCUUUCUGGAAAAUCCGUGUGCGGCUCAGCACGUGUGUGUCCUGCACCUGCUGCACAAGGGAAUGUGGUCUCUGGCAAAAGGAACUGAGGGGCCUUUCUGAACUCGGGGAUUCCAGGGACCCGGUGGGGGGAGGCAGAGAAGAAUCUAGUUCUGCCUGCCCCCACCAUGAGAAGUAGUCCGGCGGAUGGCUCCUGGCUGGCCUGAGCGCAAAUCGCCCCCACCCCGAGCUCCUUUCGGGGGUCUUCCAAGGGUUUCCUCCAUUGGCUACUGUAAGGUGGGAAAGAGGGAAGGGGCGUAACCUGCCAAUCUGAGCGGGCUCCCCGCAGCCUCCAGGUGGCCUGGGGUCCAAUGGGAGGGCCCCUUCCUCAUGGGCGUGGGGCCUGUGGCAUCCCGAUGUCACCACUCCCGGGGGAGCUUGGCACACUGGCAAACCAGACUUCACUCUGAAUUCGUGUCUUUCUGUUUCAGGUGUGACUUCUGUAAGAGCCCACGGUUGGAUUUUGUAAAAUGUUUUUAUUUUAUUUUCAGAGAGACAGAGAAAGCGUGGAUGUGAGGGAGGGGCAGAAACAGA